GACAUUGAGUUUCGCCUGGAUGUCCAACUAACCAACAUGUGUUGAUUCGAUUUAUUAGUCAAUUUCGAUGUUUUUAACAAUCUGAUAUUGUAAAAUCAACGAGUAUUUGUGUUAAAAAGUGUUAGAAUUUAGUAAUCAAUAAUGCAUACAGUUUUAACCAGAGCUAAUGCUAUUUUGGCGUACACCGUCAGUGUCGCCGGGUUCCUGACGUUUUUCUGCUUUCUGUCAACUGUUUUCCUGGACUACAGGACCAAUGCCACUCUGAACACUGUAAAGGUGGUGGUGAAAAAUGUACCAGAUUACAGUGCUUCAAGAGAGAAGAAUGAUCUUGGAUUCCUCACCUUUGAUCUACAAACUGAUCUCACACCAUUGUUCAAUUGGAAUGUGAAGCAGCUGUUUCUUUAUCUGACUGCUGAGUAUGAAACUGAGGCCAAUCAUAUUAAUCAGGUUGUGCUGUGGGACAAAAUAGUCCUUCGUGGGGACAAUGCUGUUCUUCACUUCAAGAACAUGAACACCAAGUACUAUUUCUGGGAUGAUGGAAAUGGUCUAAAGGGCAAUAAGAACGUGACAUUGACAUUAUCGUGGAACAUAAUCCCCAAUGCAGGUUUGCUUCCGAGUGUCAGUUCCUACGGAUCCCAUACAUUUGCAUUCCCCUCGGAAUACACAACAUCAAGAGUUCGAUAAAAUUAAGUUUUCCCCCCACAAUUGGUUAAAUUAACUUCAUUAUCUUCAUCUUUUCUCAUGUUACCUGAGAGCUCGAAAGGAACAGCUCAGAUUGGAGUUUAAAAUUUCAAAAAAUCAAUGUACGAUAUCAAUAAAUGAAUUCACGUUUACUGAAUUCCACAUUUUUCAACGAUAAA